CCGUGUGUUUACCGUCUCGUGCGCUGUAGGGAUAUCGCGCGUGUCGCCAGCUGCAGGGUUUUUGAUAACUAGGGCGUGUUUAUUGAAGUAUUUCUGUUUGCGCGCGCGUAUUGGUGCGCGCGUGCGUGCGUGUGUGUGUGUGCGCGCGCGCGUGCUCUCCCACAUUGGGGGGAUCCUCCUGUUGUGUCACAGGAAGUUUGGAGAUCGGACGCGCAGAUUGUAGCGGAUCACUGAAGGGGGUCAACCUGCCCACUGCAAAAAAAAAAAAACACUAGCCCAAUCUAAUGUGGUGUCCUCCUGUCAGAAACACACACUUCCUCUGACACAUGGCUGACAGCGGGAGACGGAAGGGGCGAGAGAGAGAACGGGACUGACACACACGCACAGAAAGAAAAAAGGCAGUCGGCCAUCUGUGGACGGUCCCCUGCUAUUCUGCAGCUGUGUUGGAGUCAGCAAACAGUUCUCAGCUCCACUAGAACUUUAGAAACCACAGAACGAGAUAAGGGGGUUCUUCCAACAUCUCAUUGCCUAGGGGAUGAGUCUAGGCUGGGGCGAUGUUAAGGCCUCGCUGGCCUCGAAUUAGGCCCCUGGGGCUACUCCUUUGGAGGGAUGGAUGAUAUCCCAGCUGGAUCUUCUGCUGUCGCCAUCCUCCACGGCUGUCAUUAGUGGCUAAUGAGCUGCUGCUAGAGAGGAAACGGGGAAGGUGCCUGUGGAGAGAGGAGGAACCUUACAGCUGUUAUUAAGAGGCCCAGAGAUCUCCGACAAGGAAUUCUUUGCCUCUGCAAGAGAGUGUAACCCUUUAAAGCUCUUUUGUGUGCAAGCAUUAAAGGAUAUCUUUGGAAGUCGUUGUUGUACACAAUUUUUUCAGACUGGCAGUUUUUUUUUCUACAGCAUUAGAGGUCUUUGAAAAUUGUCACCAUGGAGUUGAAACAUCUUUUUUCAGCGAGAUGAUUUAGUGUUUGGAUUUAAACUGUUUUUCUGUCUUAUCUGAACAUUAUAUUAUAAAACACUAUAAUCCAUUAGGAUUUUUGUCAAGGCUUUAUUGUUUUUGUUUUAUACUUUGAUAUUAUUUUGAGCUUCCUAUGCCCUGAAGGACACUGGACACCAUGGCAGCAGCCUAUCGUGUAGUGGUGAGCAGCGUGAGCUGCUACAACAGUGUGGUAGUGGACCGGCGCACUCACUCUCACGCUGUGCACUACUGCUCAGGGCCAUGUGGGGCACUGUCCCAGGGACUGGACUGUACCGUGGCACACCGUGGCACGUGCUCGGAGCUGAUGGUUGCCCCUGACCCUGUAUACACUGACCCAAACAACUUACUCAUACACUCCCAUAACAUGAUCACUCAGCAACUUCCUAACCAUGGUAAAAUUUGUGUUACCAUGGAUACUAAUUAUAAUGGUGGUCUAGAGAGGGCAGGUAGUAGUGGAAAUCUGUCUUUGGGGGAGGACAGCCCCUCAUGGCGUGGUAAAAAGACCCCCAAUGUCGGAGGAUCGACUGGGAACCUGAGCACCUCUGGCAGUCUGAAGGAUAUUACAGAAGAGGCCAUCAAUCUGGCCAGUGGUAAGCUCAAAGAGUUUUCUUUUGACAAGCUGCGCCUCUCCUCCUCAAGCCACGUCACGUUCCGGAAAGGUCGCAAGGUCCGUCCUGACUCUUUCAGCCGUCGCUCCACUGACCUGGAGAUCAUCUACGGCCACUUCAGUUCCCAGGUCACCACAAACGGAAUGACUAACGGCAUGACAAAUGGCAUGGCUACUUCUAAUGAUGAGAACCUGCCUCCAUUUGUGCCAGGGAAAGGAGCAGGCCAGGAGGAGACAAAGCUAAAGAGCAGCACAGGCACCUUGUCAGCCAUCACCAAAAUGGGCGGUGGAUCAACAAGCAGCCUGUCAAGUAUUGGGUCUUUGGACCAAAGUCUGAACACAGUGGCCUCCCUGUACCUCAACGCCUUGGGAGAGGAGAACCUAAUUGCCCGUCUGCUGGAGAAGACACGAGCGGAGGCGGGUUCUGGGGGAGCAGGUGGGGAGGACAUCCGCGCCUGCCUUGACAUCCUACUUAAAUGUUCUGAAGACCUAAAGAAAUGCACUGACAUCAUCAAGCAGUGCAUCAGACGCAAAGCUGGUGGAGGGCCAGAGGAUGAAGGAGCCAGUCCUGAUAGUGUGUAUCGGGCCGUGAUGACCCGACUCAGCUCCUAUUUGAAGAAACUACCUCUGGAGCUGGAGGGAAUUGGAAGUUUGGGAGGCAGUGGACAGCUGUGUCAGGGUGCACCGGGAAGUGGGCACAGUGAUCUAGCUGAGCUGGUCAACACUCUUCACUCCAUCCAGCAGGGACCAUACUCUCCAAUAUUUGGAAAUGAGCAACCUCCUCGCUAUGAGGAUGUGGUGCACUCACCUCCCAUCCAAAAAACUGUUCCUCAUUCUGCAUCUUCUACUUCCUCCUCUGUUUUAUCUUCCUCCUCAUCUUCUUUGAAAUCAGACUCCAUCCAUACCAAACCAGUCCAAAGCUCCCCGUCCAGAGUCUCUCCACUUACCAAUGGACUAAAACAUUCACAUGCGUCUUCUACCACACAGCAUACACUCUCUCCCCCAUCUGUCACAUGUUCUCAAUCCAGCUCCUCCCCAACACACUCUCCUUCCCCUCUUCGUACCUCCCCGACCCCACCAUACACACACACACCUCCAACAUCCCCUAUGGAGGCUCUUUAUAUUGAGGAAGAGGAAGCAGAUGUGAGCAAGACACCAGAACAAAUCUCACAACAGACACACACUCCAACCAGAGGGGUGAACACCACCCAGGACAAAAGCAGCACAGCAUUGGGUCAACACAUGCACCUGUCCCAUCCACACACACUCCAUUACUCUUCAAAUACUUUUCCGACCAGCACUGGCUACAGCCCGACUUGGCCCUCCUCUGCGCCACUAACUGUCUCGGCACCCAAAGCUGUCACACACAGGAACGAUGACAUUGACAAGCUGCUGAUGGACUUAGAGAAUCUGUCUCAGAGUAUGAGCCACCCAAGAAACAAUGAGCCGCCACUUCCAGCCAAAACCAGGAAGAGAGAAGGAGGCCAAGGAAUUGCUUCCAGUGAGGGCCUCACUCAGCCCAAAAUGGCCCAGUUCCAAAUCCAGAAGCCAGACAGCCACCUAGCCAUGAAUGGCCCUAGCUCCAGGACUCCCCAGAGUGUCACUCCUCCCCAGGGAGAGAACAGUGAAGCUGUGGUGGGAGAGGAAGAGGAUGGGGCACUGCUUCUGAGGAUCCUGGAGAGCAUUGAGAGUUUUGCCCAGGAGCUGGUGGAUUCUGGGGCAGGGAGCACAGGGAGUGCUGAAAGAAACAGUGGGAAGGAGCGGGAGGUGAUGAGGCUCUUGCAGGAUACACUGGCCACCACUGGCAGGGCUGACACCCCUCUGGAGUGCCCAAACCCACCAGUUGCACCCACUGUUCCUCCCAUACGCACAAAUGCAGUCCCAGCUAUACCACCAAAACAAUCCCUGGCCAACACACAUGCAGUUUCACCUGCAUUGACACCUAUAAAUGCAGUUUCAGAAGCUGUGUGCAAUGCUACAUCCGAACCUGCACCUAAACUUACACUUGAUGAGGCCCCCAAACCCCUCCCUACACCCAUACUUGAGCCUACAAGUGAGGCAACAGAUGAAGUUACAGAAGUCUCUACAGGUGAGACUGAUUCAAAAUCCAUCCCUGCCUCUAUAACAUCUGCACCUGUGAGCUUGCAUUCCUCCACCUCCACACAUUCAGCUGAACCUACACCUGUGGCUGCACCUGAAGCUACAGCCCCUGUUGCCAUCCCAAUUGUGGUAGCCACAAGAGAUGCUGCCGUUGCUGUUGGUGACCCUGCUGUUGCGAGGGAAACUGGUUCAACACUCCUCAUCCAGCAGACUCCAGAGGUGAUCAGAGUCCAGGCCAAACCAGAGAAGAAACCAGGCACACCUCCACCAGCCCCAGCCCUGGCCACAGCCUCACCCGCCCCCACGCCACGCUCACCCAGCCCUCCUCCGGCUCCAGUGAUCGUCACCCCUCCUCCCCCUGCCAUCAACAUUCCCAGGUUCUACUACCCCCGUGGGCUCCCUGCCAUGGGCCCGGUCGCCAACCACGACGCAGCCAUUGCUGCCAUUGAGACAGCCUUCACUGAGUUUGAGGAGGAGAAGGCUGACAUAUAUGAAAUGGGCAAGAUUGCAAAGGCAUGCGGGUGUCCACUUUACUGGAAGGCUCCCAUGUUCUACUCAGCAGGUGGUGAGAGGACGGGCUUUGUCUCUGUUCACUCCUUCGUUGCAACCUGGAGGAAGUUGUUGCACAGUUGCCACGAUGAUGCAUCAAGAUUUAUUUACCUGCUAGCUAAACCCAGCUGUACCUACCUGGAGCAGGAGGACUUCAUUCCUCUACUGCAGGACAUAGUGGAUACACACCCUGGGCUCACAUUUCUGAAGGAUGCACCUGAGUUCCAUUCCCGCUACAUAACAACGGUGAUCCAACGGAUAUUCUAUGUGGUGAACCGUUCGUGGACGGGUCGUAUCACCAUGAUGGAGCUGCGCCGAAGCAACUUCCUACAAACCUUGGCCCUGCUGGAGGAGGAGGACGACAUCAACCAGAUCACUGACUACUUCUCCUACGAACACUUCUACGUCAUCUACUGCAAGUUCUGGGAGCUGGACACCGACCAUGACCUCUACAUCGAUCCCAAAGAUCUGGCGAGAUACAAUGACCACGCAUCCUCAAACAGAAUCAUUGAAAGACUGUUUUCAGGGGCCGUUACUCGGGGUAACGCUGUGCAGAGGGAAGGCAGGAUGAGCUACGCUGAGUUUGUCUGGUUCCUCAUAUCUGAAGAAGACAAGAAAAAUCCCACCAGUAUAGAGUACUGGUUCCGCUGCAUGGACACGGAUGGGGAUGGUGUCCUGUCCAUGUUUGAGUUGGAGUAUUUCUAUGAGGAACAGUGUGAGAGGAUGGAAAGGAUGGGCAUCGAACCUUUGCCCUUCCAGGAUUUGCUCUGCCAGAUGCUCGACCUAGUCAAACCUGAGAGCCAAGGUAAGAUAACCCUUGGUGAUUUGAAGCGCUGCCGGAUGGCCCACAUAUUCUUCGACACCUUCUUCAACCUGGAGAAAUACCUGGACCAUGAACAGAGGGAUCCAUUUGCUGUGCAAAAGGACAUUGAUAGUGAAGGUCCAGAGCCAUCUGACUGGGAUAAAUAUGCCUCAGAGGAAUAUGAGAUACUGGUGGCAGAGGAGACUGCAAAUGAACAGCUACAUGAGGGGUCAUUUGAUGAUGACUAUGAAUCCGAGGAGCUUCAAGUCCCUGGAGAGAUUGGGAAUAAAAUGGAAAAACUGGUCAUAUCAGACCUGUCAGCAUAAAACUUCUUCCCGGGAAUUCCUGGGCCUUUUUCUCUGGAAAACAAACAGGAACAAAGUGAUUGAAGGUCCCUUUGGAUGGAUGCAUAAAAAAAACUGCAUGGAUGUAAAGACAGAGGGAGAAAACGAUUUUGGCAUCUGUUUUUCGAAGACUCUGGAGUCUCCUCAGAAUGGACUCAUCAGUUUUUGUGUGUGUGUGACCGUAAACCAGUACUGUUCUGUGUCUGGUGCAAUAACGCAUCUGUAUUCAUACAGAAAGCCGUGUCACUGCCUCCAGCUCUUCAUCUAAGAGAACAAAGCCAACGGAAAGGGGAAUGUGCGAUAAGCUCUAAAAGGAAUCAAGAAAUAAACUGUAAAAUAAUGUAAUAACCAUUGUGAAUUCUCUACUGACAAUCCUCCCAUAAGACAAUCACCUGAAUUUUAAUUGUCACUGUGCUUAAGGUUGACAGGUAGGCUGUCAGUUACACAAAUAGACUCCUAGUUGGAGAAACAGGGAGACAGAAACAGAUAAUUAUAGUGAUAGUCACUGCCACAGUCACCUAACAGUCAGCUGCUCAAUUAUAAUACAUACAGACAGACACUGCCAUCAGAAACCUGCUGCCUGUGCAGCUUGUCACUGUGUUCCUUGUAAAGGAAGUACUUGAACCUCCAGUCACUUUAGGGAGGAAUCAUGUAACAGUUUGUGUGAUUGUAACAGCACCUCUCUGUGGCCAGUCUGUGCUACUACAUGCCAUCACCGCCAUGCACAGGGUGCAUAAUGGCUGGCCAACCUUUCCAAGAGAGAGUUCAAUUCACUGCACAGCCUGAGCUGCUUUAUUAUUAGCAUGGCAUCAGUGCUCCACCUCUGGAUUCCCUUUGCAGUCAUUUUUAAACCCUGGAAAAAGUUUCUGACUACAUGGACUGAAAUGUACAAGCCAUUCACUUCACAGCGUUAAUUCUCAAUCAGGUCACAGUGAGAUGUAUGCACAUAAAAUGAUACUGACAAACAUAUCAAACUCUCUGGUAGAGUUGCCCACACAUUUCCGCCUGUAACAUUUGUAAUAAUGCAAUAGAUAACGCAUAAGAACUGUGAGUUGUCAGUCUCAUACAAUUAUCCAGCACAUCCCACUGUAUGUUUUCUCACAUCCUUGUUGAUUGUGUACAGUAUCUGGUGAUUACGUUGAUCUGUUUUUGUCAUUUAUGCCAAACAUUUUCAUUUUUCUGCAUAGAGGUCUCAUUGUCAUAAUACCAUUUGUUUAUGAAACUUAAUGAUGUCCAUUCUCCCUGUAACACACAUACCAAACACACCAGUAAGAAUGCCUCUUAAAGGGUCAGUUUACCCAAACUAUCCUAAAUUUGGUUUAGAGUUUUAUAAAAACAAAUAUAAUUUAAAAAUGUUUUGCCUUUACCACAUUGCAUUGGAGAUGAGUAGGAUUUCAUUUGUGGCUCUUACAACAUUGAAAAAUGUUUAAUUGGAGCUACUGUCAACCGAAGAAAAGGCUUUAUGUAAACUCCUGACAGUGAGGUCUGUAAAAUAUUCACAGUAAGAGGGACUAAAAGAUUAAUUGUGCUUUAAGCACCAACAUACUUCCUUUCAAAUUUAUUGUAUUCAAAUGGAGGCAGAAAAUCUCAGAGAUGGAUAUUGUACACCUGCGCAAUUAAACUUUAAACUAUUUGCAGAGAUAGAUACAGUGAGAUUUAGUCUUUUCUUUUGGGUGAACUGACCCUUUAACAUUAUGUACUGUGCUGCACUCACAGGGACAGGUGCAAGUGUAUACACUGCCCUUACUGUAAUAGCUAGGAGUGUGUGUUUGCUUAUAAAUCACUGAUAGAGGGGUGUGUUUUAGGAGCGUGUGAUGUGUAGCUCUCAGUUUCGGGCUGUUUAUAUGUCGUAGCUGUUGCUAUGGGGAUGUGUUCCCGGAGUCAGUUUGUGUGUGUGCUGUGUGUGUAUGU